GGAGUCAGGGAUACCAGCGGAGGAUUCAAACGGAAGAUGGCAGCGGAUAAAGAUUCCAAUAAAAAUACACAAAACAGAAGGGGUACGGUGUGCAACGUGGUGAUCAGCCAGGAUGCAGGGGGAUCUUGGGGCGGCAGUGGGGUUGGUGGCCGCCCGCCCGUCAUCUUCAACCCAGACUUCUUUGUGGAGAAGCUACGUCACGAGAGACCUGAGGGGUUUCAAGAGCUGGUGCUUAGCAACAUCAGCCGCCUCAUCGACCUUCCCGGUGCUGAGUUCUCUCUGCUGUUAGGGGACGAGGGAGGGCACAAGACACCCACAGCGGCCGGAGGGGGAUUCUUCCGCUCCUUCAACUUCCUCAAACGUAGAGAUAAGGAAGUGGUGUUCGGGACUCCUCUGACAGAGGGAGGCAUCGCCCAGAUUUACCAGCUCAUCGAAUACCUCAGCAAGAACCUGCAGGUAGAGGGUCUGUUCAGGGUGCCAGGUAACAGUGUGCGGCAGCAGGCCCUGAAGGAGCAGCUGAACAGUGGCGCAGACAUCGACCUGGAGGCAGGGGGCUUCCACCCCAACGACGUGGCCACCCUCCUCAAGACCUUCCUGGGAGAGCUACCUGAACCCCUCCUCACGCACCAACACUUCCACGCUCACCUCAAAAUAGCAGACAUGACUCUGUUUGAUGAGAAAGGCAACAAGACGUCAGUACCUGAUAAGGAGCGUCAGAUUGAGGCCUUACAGCUCCUCUUCCUGCUGCUGCCCCAGGCCAACCGCAGCCUCCUCAAACUGAUCCUGGACCUGCUCUACCACACCGCCAAGCAGCAGGACAAGAACAAAAUGUCCGCCUUGAACCUCGCCCUCAUGUUUGCCCCCCACGUCGUGUGGCCCAGAGAUAUGGUGGCCAGUGACCUCCAGGAGAAUCUGAAGAAGCUAAACAACGGCAUGGCCUUCCUCAUCAAACACUCCCAGAAACUAUUCAGGGCUCCUAUGUACAUGAGGGAGCAUGCCAGAAUGCACUUCACAGGAUCUAAGACCCUGCAGACCAAGGAUGAUAUAGACCUGUUAUCUGUGACUGGUUUCCCUGCCCCUGUUCCCCUGAAGAGGUGUUGGGCUGACCCGUCUCAGUACCUGUCCCCCUCGUCGUCCCAGGGCCAGCAGCACCACACAGAGGAGUCCCUGAAGGAGCUGUUCAGACACGUCCAUGACAACAUGCCCGACUCUGCCAAGAAGAAGAAACUCCUACGACAGCUUGCUAAACAGACCACCCCCGGCCUGGCCUCAGGGACACCCAUCAACAACUAUCAGACCCCCCCGGCCCAGAGCAAGAAACACACCCGCUCCCGCUCCUUCGGUGGAUUCAUCAAGAGGAGACAUAAGGGGGACCAACAGGCUUUGGAGAGGAGGGGCAGACAAAUCUCCCCGGAGAUGGUUGCUGCGGCGAUGGGACGGCUGGGAAAGGAGAACGUCGUCCUGCAGUCGGUGAACAGUCCGGUGACAGUGAAUAAUAAGACUCCAGUCAGGGUCAAGGCCUCUGAUAGCAUGGCCCUCAAUAGAGAGAGGGGACUCAAACUAUCAAAGGACUCUCCAUCCAUCUCCAGAAUGUGUUUCUCUCCCUCCCUAGAAACGUCGAUGUAGAGGAUUGGUACUAGCAACACUGGACUUGUUUUUUUCUUCUUUUUAACACAAGUAAACUAUAUUGUAACUUUGUAAAUCCGUAACGAAUACAACAUUAGUCCCCAGACAGACAUCCCAAUAAUCUCUUCUUUCUCCUGAAGUGUGCGCUUGUUCACUUUCCUCAAUGGGUUUGAAAAGAAAUGACUGGAAUACCUAUAUGGAAACUCCUUCUAGCCCAUGCCUACACAAUCCAAUACUUUUCCAUUUUGUGGGGAGUAGUGAAUGAGUGCACACUUCAGGGGGAGAGAUUAUUGGGAUGUAACCCAGGAAAGUACAAGACCAACUCAGUAUGGAGGCAGGGACAGAAGGGAGCUUUCUUUGGUCUGGUUGGGGUCUGAGUGCCACUCAUAACUUGAAACAGUUUUGUUAGAUACUUUUACUGUUGACCGCUAGCUGAGCCUACAUAGAUACUUUUACUGUUGUUCGCUAGCUGAGCCUACAUAGAUACUUUUACUGUUGUUCGCUAGCUGAGCCUACAUAGAUACUUUUACUGUUGUUCGCUAGCUGAGCCUACAUAGAUACUUUUACAGUUGACCGCUAGCUGAGCCUACAUAGAUACUUUUACUGUUGUUCGCUAGCUGAGCCUACAUAGAUACUUUUACAGUUGACCGCUAGCUGAGCCUACAUAGAUACUUUUACAGUUGACCGCUAGCUGAGUCUACAUAGAUACUUUUACAGUUGACCGCUAGCUGAGCCUACAUAGAUACUUUUACUGUUGUUCGCUAGCUGAGCCUACAUAGAUACUUUUACAGUUGACCGCUAGCUGAGUCUACAUAGAUACUUUUACAGUUGACCGCUAGCUGAGCCUACAUAGAUACUUUUACUGUUGUUCGCUAGCUGAGCCUACAUAGAUACUUUUACAGUUGACCGCUAGCUGAGUCUACAUAGAUACUUUUACAGUUGACCACUAGCUGAGCCUACAUAGAUACUUUUACAGUUGACCACUAGCUGAGCCUACAUAGAUACUUUUACAGUUGACCGCUAGCUGAGUCUACAUAGAUACUUUUACAGUUGACCGCUAGCUGAGCCUACAUAGAUACUUUUACAGUUGACCGCUAGCUGAGCCUACAUAGAUACUUUUACAGUUGACCGCUAGCUGAGCCUACAUAGAUACUUUUACAGUUGACCGCUAGCUGAGCCUACAUAGAUACUUUUACAGUUGACCACCAGCUGAGCCUACAUAGAGACUUUUACAGUUGACCGCUAGCUGAGUCUACAUAGAGACUUUUACAGUUGACCGCUAGCUGAGUCUACAUAGAUACUUUUACAGUUGACCACUAGCUGAGUCUACAUAGAUACUUUUACAGUUGACCGCUAGCUGAGCCUACAUAGAUACUUUUACAGUUGACCACUAGCUGAGCCUACAUAGAGACUUUUACAGUUGACCACUAGCUGAGCCUACAUAGAUACUUUUACAGUUGACCACUAGCUGAGCCUACAUAGAUACUUUUACAGUUGACCGCUAGCUGAGCCUACAUAGAUACUUUUACAGUUGACCGCUAGCUGAGCCUACAUAGAUACUUUUACAGUUGACCGCUAGCUGAGCCUACAUAGAUACUUUUACAGUUGAACACUAGCUGAGCCUACAUAGAUACUUUUACAGUUGAACACUAGCUGAGCCUACAUAGAUACUUUUACAGUUGAACACUAGCUGAGCCUAUAAUGUACUAUAUGUAAGUAUCUUGUUUGUUUUUUUAAAUGUUCUUCUGAAUCUGAUGCUACUCUGAUGCUACUACUCAUCUGAAAAUGUGCCGUUUAAUUUGACUAAUAUUCUAAGUCCCAAUGGUUGCCCUACACACACAGCACACUGAUGGGAUGAUUAUAUCCCCCUACAAAAUGCUGAUUAGCACCAGUCACAUUUGUCUGGGGCCUGUUCCAAAAAGCUGGAUCAGUGAGUUGGCCAGCAAACUGGCCCAAAUUGCUUGAAAUUGUUUGAAAUGAUUCAACAACAGAAACAACUAUUAUACAAAUGUAGAUUAUUUUAAUCAACCAGGAAAUCAAGAGAUAUGAGGCAAAGGCUGUUAAUCAAAGUUAGCUGGUUGAUGUAUUAACCCUGCGUUCUGGAAUAUCAAAGUUAGCUGGCUGAUGUAUUAACCCUGCCUUCUGGAAUAUCAAAGUUAGCUGGCUGAUGUAUUAACCCUGCCUUCUGGAAUAUCAAAGUUAGCUGGCUGAUGUAUUAACCCUGCCUUCUGGAAUAUCAAAGUUAGCUGGCUGAUGUAUUGACCCUGCCUUCUGGAAUAUCCCACAGCUCUUAUGGUGUCUAAAGGCCAGUGGGUUUACUGAUACUGUCUGUUAGCUCAAAUGGCGCCCCCGUUCCCUAUAUAGUGCACUAUUGGCCAAAAGUAGUGCACUACACUUUAUAGUAGUGCAUGUGGUGGUGUUGGAGAGACACUGGCUCAGGGUUUUCUUGAAUCUAUAUCAUACAAAUACAGGUCAAUACAUAUUGGAUGAUGAUGAUGAACAAAUACGAGCUGAACAAACUAGCCUUUCUGUAAUGGUAUUUGCGUUUGGGAGAGACGUAGGUAGGGCUUCACUUUGGGGCGACUAUUUAUUUUUAUUGUCUGAGAUUUGUGUAUUAACUGAUUGAACUCCUCAAUGUGUACAAUGUCAUAUUUCACCUGCCUGGUUUGGCCUUUGAGGUUUGAUAGUGCAAUGAUGUGAUUUUAAUUUUUUUAAUUUAAUUUUUUAACUGGAAGUCAUGGGUUUUGGGUGGAUAUUGGUUGGGACGCUAACGUUGAAAGAUUUUCUGGAAGUCUGAGAUGGUUUUUGCUUUGUUGGAGAGGGAAAUGUGUAGUGACGGUGUCAAUAGAAGAUUCUCUUACAGUACCUUCAGUGUUGCCUGGUCUGAUACAAGUCGUCUUUAUUGAGCGUGGAUUGGGACAUUUGAUCUGGGUCAUGUUCAUUGGGAACCAAAUAGAACAAGACGGAUUCAAACUGGGAGGGACUACCUGGACUUUGUCCAAUAAGGAACCCUUAUUUUCACUUUCUGUUGCAGAACGUUUUGAAAAGUUUUUGUUGUGUACCCUAAUGGACAUGACGUUGGUUUUAAUGGGGCUGUUUUUAGAGGAAGUGUUAAUGGGGAAUGUGUGAGAAUGGGUUUGUGGUAAGUUUUAAAGAGAUGGGUGUGUGUUUUUAUACAUGAAAUGAAAGACUUGCUGCUGAGGUUAUCAAGAUGGCUUUGUUUUUUUACUCGUUUUAUUUGAUCUGUGCUGGUCAAGUAGCCUACAUAUUUUACAUGUUAUUCCACUGCUUUAAAGAGAACUUUUGUCCCCUGUCUUUUCUCUCUGUUACCUGAAGGUUUUCAGCCAAUCAAGGCCCAACACAUUAUUUUGAGUGUCAUUUGGAAAAGCUGAAGGGUCAUCUGGCCAUUAGUGGUUGAUACACACUGAGUCUUGCUGGAAACAGUUUUGCUAAUGUGCGAUCAUCUUUGUGAUGUGAGUCAGUUCUAGAUUACAUGAUACAACAUGUGGGCAUUAUCUUUUACUCUCCCUUAUUAUUUUUGUGUUUAAGUGUGUAUGUUGAAAGUCUUUGGUUUUGUCAGCCAAUAUGUUGACCAUGGUCUUAAAUGUUUACACAUCAACUGUACACUACUAGUUUUUGUUUAUUUUUGUUCAGUUCCAUUCUGCCCUGUUUAUCUGUGAAUAACAGCAUGGGCAUGUGUCCCAAAUGGCUCCCUAUAUAGUGUACUACUUUAGACCAGGGCCCUAUUCCCUAUAUAGUGCACUACUUUAGAACGGGGCCCUAUUCCCUAUAUAG